AACAAUCUGCAUUAAGCUCAAUGACUGCUGGUUAAACAUUCCCUUGUGACAAAUAAAUGAAUGACUAAUUGUCUCCAUAUGAGUACUUUCCCCAUUAUGUUGGUUCAGCCAUGAUGAUUUAAUGAAAUACACCAUGACGUUUUAUAAACAUAGAAAAAACAAACAAACACAUAUGGUUAAAUAUUUCCAAGUUUUCUGGGGAUUUCUUAAUUUGAUGGAAAUAGUUUGCACAUAAAACAACACCUUCCAUUCAUUAAGACCAUUUAAACGCUUGCAAUGAUCCAUAAUGGGUUCUUAAUUUUGAACCCUUUGAUAUUUAUGGGUACCUGUUUUGUUUUUGUAAUUUAUAUAACAAUGCUUUUAGCUUUUACUAUUGCUCGCCAGUUGUUAGAGAUUCUGGGCUAUGUUGACAUGUCCAGUUUUAUUGGUUUCACUCAAAUCUGUUGUUUCAACUACAAGGUAUUUGAAUAGAGUUCACAGCAUAGUUUAAUGUUAAGUAACCCUUUAAAACCACUGUAAUUUAAACCAAAGAUAAAGCAUGCCGGAUCAUACUAAGUCAAAUACCCCAAAAAUGCACGCACACAAAGGCUCAUUCUGUAGGGAUAAUGAUAAGGCAGGGGUCCCGUCCUUACAGAAUCUAUGAAACCAGGCUGUUAAAAUGCAGAUGUUUUGGCACUCAUAUUCACAAAGCCUCAGGCACAAAACACAGCAUAACAUGUUAGUGAAGCAUAAGACAAAUGUUCACUGUAAAGGCUUUGCACAGAAGGCUCUGUACAACUGUAUCCGUUCGUUGGAAUGUGGUCUUUUGUAUAAAGCGAGGUACAUAAAACAAGUGACUGAAACACACACAAAAGACCGGAAAACCACAAAGUCUACAAACACAGGCAACUCGUAGGGACAAUGAGAGGUUGGAUUUUUCUGCUUUUGCUGGCAAGUCUUGUCAAUUUUUCCAUGACACAACAGACCAACUCUUUGACCUGGCUAAGUUAUCUGCGCAACCGAGCCUACAGUCAUGGUUAUGGCCGUAGCCACAAUAACAAUCUCGCCUCUUCAAGUACAGAGGAUGAGCCCUCUGUGCUGGACUGCCCUUUGGAGUGUGACUGUCCUUCUACCUACCCCAAAGCAAUGUACUGCAACACCCGCAGACUACAGCACGUGCCGUUCGUACCAUCUCAUAUUAAGUAUGUAUACUUGCAAAAUAACCAGAUCACAGGAAUCACAAAUGGCAUCUUUGAUAAUGCUCCAAAUUUAGCUUGGAUCUGCAUGCAGACAAAUAAACUGAGCUCUGACAAGAUUGCUGACAAAGUCUUCGCUAAACUACCAAACCUUGAGCGCCUCUUUUUACACAACAACAACCUGAGCCGUGUUCCACAGGGUUUACCAAGUUCCCUACGAUAUAUACACUUGAACCACAACAACAUUUCGGUAGUCCCGGUCCACUCUUUCCGUGGAAUGAGCAACCUGACGGCCCUCCAUCUCCAAAUGAAUGCCAUUGAAGAUCUCGGUCACGCACUUGAUGGUCUGCUGUCCUUAACCCUGUUAGACUUGCGAGGGAACCGAUUGAAGAAGAUUCCAGAAAGUCUGCCGCCAAAGCUGAGCCAACUGUACCUUGAAUACAACCAUAUAUCCAGCAUUCCUGCUGACUUCCUGAGCCAACGGCCUGAGCUGCGCUUCGUACGGCUGUCCCACAACCAGCUCACCAAUGGAGGAAUUCCACCCAACGCUUUCAAUGUCAGCACACUUGUGGAACUCGAUCUGUCCUUCAACAAGCUGGAGAGGAUUCCCACUAUCAGCACCAGUCUGGAGAAUCUGUAUCUCCAGGCCAACAAGAUCAAAGAAUUUUCAGUGAGCAGUUUUUGCAGAGUUGUGGACACAAAGAAUUACUCUAAUCUGCGUGUACUACGCCUGGAUGCCAAUGCAAUCAGAGCCCAAGACAUACCCACUGAAGCUGUACUCUGUCUGCGUCUGGCAACCAACAUCGACCUGUAGGCCUGGCAACAAGCCAUCCACAGUAACCUAUUCUCAUAUGACCAUAGACAACAUCUUGCAAAUAAGAGUUUAGUUAUCAUUUGUAUGAUCUAUUUGAUAGUCAUGUGAUGUUGGGGCAUUUUAAUCAAGAAAUCAGCCUACCAAAAUCAACAGAACAAGUUGGGAUAAUGAUUUUAACAUUAUGAAACCAUUUGAUUUAUUAGGCAUGAACAAGCUUUUAUAAUAUGAAUUUCUAUUAUCAUCCAUUUUACUUCUGAAUCAGGACAGCAAUGUUAAAUGGUUGGGAAAAUAAUAAAAAUGGAUUGUUCCCUUACCAUUCAGAUAACCCUAAAAAAUUAACGUUUAGAGAACUUUAAUAGAAAAUGUUUUCAUAACUUAAUGCAGCAUUAGCAAAAUGUUCUUAGAACAUAUUUUUUUGUUAGCUGGUUAGAUGCAUGAAGUCAAUGUACUUGGCUACUGGGUACAAGAGACAUGUUUUUUUAUUAUUAUUAUUUUAAAAUAUAUUUGAUGGUAAACAGUUUGUAUCUUUUAGUAAAUGCAUGGAACAACUAAGAGUGUUUGUGAAACUUUGGGUGUUUGCUUUGUAAUUAUAUGUCACAAUUUCUGGCAGUGGAACAAGAAGUAUGCCUUUGGAGAUGACCAUUUGAAAAGUUAAUGAUGACCAAAAAAUAUAAAUGUGUGAAAACUGAGGAAAGUUAAACAUCUAGAAGUACAAUUCCUUUUAGAAUGUUAAGAUUUUAGAAUCAGUUCCAAUCCCUAUAAACCUUGUGAAUUUGAUUUGAAAACAACAUUUAAAGUCAGUGGAAUUAAAAAUAUAUGUAUGACAUUAAAACCGCAGUCCACCCCUACUAAACAUCUAAUUUGAUAGAAACAGAGCAAUUGUGCAUAUCAAAAAUCUAAAAGUGCAAUGCUUGUAUAGACAAAACCACAAGAAAUAAAUAUUGUUGAAUAAAAAUACUUGUUGGUAUGUGAAUUUUUCAAUCUAUCAAGGGGGUACAAACAUUUAACAGUGUGUAUCUUUUAGUAAAUGCAUGGAACAAUUAAUAGUGUUUGUUGGGAAACUGUGUGUGUUUGCUUUGUAAUUAUAUGUCACAAUUUCUGGCAGUGGAACAAGAAGUAUGCCUGAAAGUUAAUUGCAUUGAGAUCACCAUUUGAAAAGUUAAUGAUGACCAAAAAAUAUUAAAAGUGUGAAAACUGAGGAAAGUUAAACAUCUAGAAGUACAAUUCCUUUUAGAAUGUUAAGAAGACCUUGAAAAGCCUUUUGGAUCCACAACAGUUUAUACACACUGUACAACCUGAUCAAAGCUUGCAUCACUGUCAUUGUCAUUUAUCUAAUAACAAUAAAA